GGCCCGGGUGCAUGGGUAUGAUGUCAUAUCUGGGGCAUUCUAACUUGAUACGGCUAGUCAACAGGGGAAGACACAACAUUGGAUGGAAGUCCAGACCACACUUGUCAGCCCCCGGGUUCUGCGAUGUCCAACUUUUCACGCAUCUUCAGCCAAUGCCACUUCGGCGACCUUUGCCGACGACAGACCCUUAUUGUUAACUACCAUGUGAAGUUAUGGCAUCGUGACACGGCCUACAAUUUCCCCCUCACUGUAGCGGUUCUCAAUCUUGGCCCUGCCGCAACGCCAGCCCCACACUUGCGCGCCAGAGCUGGCGCGAGGCAACGGCCGAGGUAGCGCGCCUGGUGCAUGCCUACGCCUCUCCUCCCAAACUUACCGUUGACGAGGCGCCAAGAUGGAUGCUUCAGAAGGAUGGCGACAGGUCGGGAAGAAGUUCAAUUGGUGGCUCAUUGCCGCCGCAUUCUUCGUCUCGUUCCUCGGCACCUUCACGUCGACACAGCUCAUGAUCCAAGCACAGCUAUCGUCGAGUUUCUUCACCGUCUUCACAUGGAUAUCCAUCAUCAGUCUGACGUUUGGCUUUUGCGCCUCCUGGAGUCUGCAUUUUGUGGGGAUGCUCUCCUGCAAGCUAGACCUACCCGUCGGGUUGGAUGUCGGCUUGACCCUGCUCAGCGCUGUUCUGGCUGUAUCAUUUACCUUCCUCGCACUUGGGGCCGAACUGCUAUGGAAGCGCUAUAACACCAACAAGCGGCGGAGUGCUUUCAAGCGCAGACGGAAUGAGCUCGCGACCGAGGGAGUAGACCUUCAAGAGGGGGGCUCUUCGGUGCCUCUGCUAGAAGAGGGCUCAAUGAACGGUCGACCGAGCGGGGACGACGGGGCCGACGGAGAAGAGGAUAUUGAAAUUGGCAGAAUCGACGCGCUUCCACAGCAGUCCGGAAUCUUUCCUACAGACGGCCCCCCCGGCAUGUCAUCACCCCCCGUCAGGUCGCACGAGUAUCGCCGUCGUACUUCAGACCCGGCCGUCUCCGCGCAGAUGUCAUCCAGUGAGCCUCGAGGCUCCGGGUCGCAGUCGGAUUUGAGAAUCGGAUCAAGUCAGCUUGACCUUAAGAGCAUGGCGGAUCAUGGGACUGCACCGACACAGAACGCAUUUUCUGCGACAUAUUACGGCAUCCUGAACGGCCUGGGCUGGAAGGCAGUAGUGAUGGGCCUCAUCUGGUCACUCUCACUGACGUGCAUGCACUAUGGGGGCCUACUCGCAAUGAGCAUCCCGGAUGGCCGAUUAACCUUCAACCCAGUACUAGUGGUCGUCUCCGCCAUCAUUUCCUGGGUAGUGUGUAUUGCGGGAUACAUCUACAUGGUCAACAUCGAACCCCAUCUCAAUCAACAGGUGCUGUUCUCCGCAAUUGCGGCCUCGGGCAUAGCCGCCAUGCAUUUCACAGGACUACGAGCAACCACUUUCUGGUCUCGGCUUCCACCUGCUCCCGCCGGAGGAUAUCCUCUGCAGCUUCCGAUUGCAGUUUGCACCGUCGCAAUCCUGACCUGCACGUUAGCCAAUGGUCUGCUGGCGCAUAACGCAACGGUGUCACGCAAUAAACUCGCAGAGAUUGUGUGGACACGGCGAAAGCUAUGGCGAGCGCUGGCCCAAAAAGAGAACGCCGAGAUAGCUGCAGCUGCGAGAAGUAAUUUCAUCGCGUCAGCUUCUCAUGAGAUUCGGACUCCCCUUCAUCAUCUACAAGGCUACAGCGAUCUGUUGUCGAAAGCCAAUCUGACUGACGAAGCACGUCAACUCGUACUAUCAAUUCAAAAUGCAACAAAGACACUAUCUCUGAUCACGAACAAUGUCUUAGAUUGGUCCAAGCUAGAGAGUGACAGGGAUGCGUCCUGCCGCUUGGCACCUUCAGACAUGCGAUCAGUUGUCGAAUCCAUCCUGGUCCUUCUCCCUCACCAAGACGAACAGAAUGAUGUCGAAGUUCUGGCCGUAGUAGCACCAAACGUUCCGGAGUCGCUUCUCCUAGACGAGGCCUACAUUCAAAGAAUGCUCAUGAACCUGCUUUCGAAUUCCCUCAAGUUCACCAGCAAUGGCUUUGUCAUGCUGAGUUUGGAGAUGAAUGACGGUGAUCUGAUCGCCAAAGUACGGGACUCUGGCGUGGGCAUUCCAUCGUCAUUCGUUCCCCAGCUCUUCGAACCAUUUUCGCAGGGAAAGAACCGCGGAACGCAGAGGGGAACUGGCCUUGGUCUCAGCAUCGUCAGGCAACUCCUGCGCAAGAUGCAAGGCGAUAUUGCCGUGGAAAGCCGGCACGUGGAUGAUGGGUUUGGGCCUAGUGAAACAGGAACCACCUUCACGAUUCGGCUGCCGGUAGAGGUGUCGCCGACGUUUCAGUCUCCAACACAACAAAACACUGAACCGGGCACCGUCGCGCUGUUCUCCCCCCCUUCGCGCUUAGCAGAGGGACUCAAGAUAGCGUGGCAGCUUUUCGGUUACGACGUGGUGGUCGUUCAUCACUUCUCCGAGCUGGCAAAUCUCGAAAUCAAAUAUGCGUGGGCCGAGUUUCGAUACUUGUCGGAGAAUGCCGAUUGUUUGCGGUACUUGCUGAGCCAACCGCAGCUCACAACAUUCGUGCCGUUUGAGCACCAGGAGUCGUUGCAGCGCCUUCCUGGCGUGCUGUCAGCGCCACAUUUCGUUCCACUUCCAAAGCCUCUAAUAUGGCAUACGUUCUACCAGCGUAUUGCGAUAGCGUCUCAUGCCGCUGCUGCUAUGAAAACCUCUCCAACAGUGGAGAACAACCCAAACAAAGGGAAUGGGGACGGGUGGAGGAGAGAGCGCUCUCCAGAGAGGAGUAUUACAUCUGGGACCGUCAAUAUUCUCCUGGUCGAGGACAAUGCGGUCAACCAAAAACUAUGUAUGAAGAUGCUCUCCUCUCUGGGAUACUCUGUCAUACUCGCCAACGACGGCGAGCAAGCGGUCGAGCAAACCAUGAAGCAUGACAAAGAUAUCGAUUUGAUUCUCAUGGAUCAGUCAAUGCCCGCCAAGGACGGUGUGUGUGCAACACGAGAAAUCCGUGUUCUGGAAAAUAGCGGGAAAUUAUCCAAACGGCAUCCCAUCAUUGCCCUGACGGCUGUGGUGAGCACAGAAUCGAGAGCACAGUUUAAGAGUGCUGGUGCCGACGAUUUUCUGGCGAAACCGUUAUCAUUCGCGAAGCUGGAGCAGACUCUGGCCACGUUUUUGAGGAUUGAAUGAGCAAUAAUAUACGAUUGAAGCUUCUAUUCUUUUGUGUACUACGGAUAUACCUGGUCGUUCCAAGGGGCGGUUGUUUGUAUUUACAUACAUUCAGUCCCCUUAGUGUCUGGGCAUCAGGCCACUUUGUGGCCACGGGUUCCUUGGCAUCUGGACGAAGAAAACCUAGAGAUGCGGUACUGCCAUAAAGCCAAGCUAGAAGUAACUUGGCGAAACGUAAUGGACAGAAUAGACCGAGCGCCGACGAUGGAUUCCCUCGAAUCAUUUGUGUUAGACAUGCAAGGUCACAAACCCUGGGGCUCGUCGUGUCGUGGGAGUAACUCUGCCUGGGAAAAGCAUCCACGCCGUACAGUUGCCGUUGUAUUGUACAUAAGCAAUACGGUUGGUGUCGGAUGCUAGCAGUCAGCAACGAUCCUACUUGCGGUAGAGCAGGAUGGAAGAAUC